AUGACAGGUUGGCAGCUUGCCAAGUCCACCUCCACCAAUCCCCAGAUUUCAUCAUCAUCAGUGAUCGCCUCUUCAUCUCAGAAAACCACUGACCACUCCAAGACUCCUUCAUCCACCACUUUACCACCGUCCUUCCCCCUCAUCUUGAAAUCUAUCGACAUUUCGAAUGGGGCCGUCAAGAUUUUUGUUUCAUCGGAAACCCACCUCUAUCAGGUCAGGCUGCUUCAGCAGGCUCGUAGUAGACCCGAGGUGAUAGGGAGAAUUGUGACCCUCUCCGCUACAACCGUAGAAAUGUUUAUCGCCCCACCUGCUGCAAAGUUUGAAUUGUGUCCUGAUGACGAAGCACGGAAACACAUCUCCAAACUGCUUGCCAUCGACGCAAAUGAUCUAACCACAGUCCGUCAGAUGCCCUACACAUUGAAGAGGUCCCUCCCAAUCCAUACAACCCACAUAGCCAAGAAGAUUUGUGCCAGUCCACUGCCGCCUUCUCACCCACCUACACAUCCAUCGAAGACCCCAUCCAUCACCCCUAUUCCGCAACCUGUCUCACCUGUUUCAGAUCGUAGUCAAUCAUCAACAUCAUCCUUGCAUGAUCUGAAAACACCAUCACCUUGUUCUCUAGGAUCUCCUUCACCAAUCGACCUUGAGAAUACUACCCCUUCAACAAAUGUCCAUGCAGCCUCCAGCACUCACACAACUACAACAGACUCCAGUACAACUGCUGCUGCGACCAUUCCCCAAGUAUCUCCGUUGUUUUACAGACCACCUCCAGACUGCAGUACUCCCUUACUCUACGUCCCAUCAUCAUGUGCAACGCCAAGUUAUCAUCCUACAACGAUGACAUCCUUCAGGCCCGUACAAGCAAGAGUCCGCUUCGCACCACCAACUGUUCCUUCCUCUCCUUCAGCCCCCAUCUACAUCCCCACUCCUAAAAAUAACGACCUGCAACAAAUGGCUCGAAGCCUCUUGUCUACUGGAAAUAUGCCAGUCCUCCCUCCAGCACCCAGAGAAUGGAGUCUGGUCCCUGAUGAAAGCAUUCAUCUGACCCCCUGUCUAUCGUGGCCACCAAAGAAUUGGACAUCAUUUUCACCAGAAGAAAAGGGUGUCCUCACUGAGUAUGCUGCUGGUGCGCUGGAAAUGGCAAGCGGAAUUCACCCGAUCCAGCGCCAAGUCCUUUUGUAUAAAUACAGCUAUCUUUCACUGACUGGAGCCAUGAUUCCUCCAAACAAGGACACACAAAUGAUUUUCUUCAACUUCAAAACAGUUCGGGACAUUGCUCUUGGGAUAAGUACCUUCCCAAAGGAAUUCCAGAAGCAGUUUCUUGAAUGUCUUCAACCUUUAAGUCCUGUGGACAUGGUGAAGUUUGCUGCCGUCCCAUUGAGGCUAACGUCUGAAUAA